AUGGCACAGCCAACAAAGCCUGACAUGUUUGAUUUGGGCCUGGGCACCUGGAGCCCUAGAUCCCGGGAGCAGAGCCACAGGGCUUGGGGGUCACCCUCCAAGGGUGUAGGCAAGAAGCUGCCUGAGUACAAGGCAGUGGUGGUGGGCGCAAGUGGUGUGGGAAAGAGUGCACUGACCAUUCAACUGAACAACCAGUGCUUUGUGGAAGACCACGACCCCACCAUCCAGGAUUCCUACUGGAAGGAGAUGGCCCUAGACCAUGGAGGCUGCAUCCUGAAUGUGCUGGACACGGCAGGGCUGGCCACUCAUCAGGCCCUGCGUGACCAGUGUGUGGCGAUUGGCGAUGGUGUGCUGGGUGUCUUCGCCCUCGAUGACCCCUCAUCUCUAGCCCAGCUGCAGCAGAUGCGGGCCACCUGGGGCCCACACCACACCCAGCCCCUUGUCCUUGUGGGCAACAAAUGUGACCUUGUGACCAGUACUGGAGAUGCUCGUGCCGCUGCUGCAGCCCUCGCAAAAAGCUGGGGGGCCCCUUUCGUAGAGACCUCAGCCAAGACACGCCAGGGUGUGGUGGAAGCCUUUUCCCUACUCAUCCAUGAGAUCCAAAGGGUCCGGGAGGCCAUGGCAAAGGAGGCCACGACAGGGCCAGGUGGGGAUAAAGGCCGGCACCAGAAAGCCAUGUGCCACUGUGGCUGCUCUGUGGCCUGA